GGGGCGGGGCGGCGGCGAGCGGAGCCGCAGCCAGGUGACCUUGGCGGGCAGAGCCGGGCUGCGCCCGCCGGCAGCCGGGAAGCUGGGUGGGGAGACGGCCGAGAUGGUGGAGGACGGCGGCGAGGAGGAGGCGGAGGGGGAGAGCGGGGAGCUGCCGGCGGCCGCGGCCCCGGCGCAGCGCUGCAAUGGCUUCCUGCCCGGCAAGGAGGCGGCGGGCGGCGGCCGGGCGGCCCCGGCGGGCGGCGGGCAGCGGGCGGCCCCGGAGGCCGAGGAGAUGCUGCCGGCGGGCGGCGUGCGGCCGGAGGCGCGGCCGGAGACGCGGCUGUCGCGGCGGCGGCUGGCGGUGCUGGCCGUGUUCAGCUGCUACUCGCUGGUGAACGCCUUCCAGUGGAUCCAGUACAGCAUCCUCAGCAACGUCUUCGCCGGCUUCUACGGCGUCUCCUUCACGCAGAUCGACUGGCUGUCCAUGGUGUACAUGGUGGCCUACGUGCCGCUGAUCCUGCCGGCCACCUGGCUGCUGGACGCCCGCGGGCUGCGGCUCACGGCGCUGCUGGGCGCGGGGCUGAACGCGGUGGGCGCCUGGCUCAAGUGCGGCAGCCUGGCCCCCCAGCGCUACCCGCUCACCCUGGCCGCCCAGGCCGUCUGCGCCGUCGCCCAGGUCUUCAUCCUGGGGCUGCCCUCCCGCAUCGCCUCCGUCUGGUUCGGCCCCACCGAGGUCUCCACCGCCUGCGCCGUGGCCGUGCUGGGCAACCAGCUUGGUACUGCAAUUGGCUUUUUGUUGCCACCUGUUUUGGUCCCAAAUACACCGAAUGAUAUUGAUCUUAUGGCACAUAACAUCAGCAUCAUGUUCUACGGAACAGCGAUAGUGUCCACACUUUUGUUCUUCUUAGCAGGAGUUGUGUUUGAAGAAAAGCCCAAAUACCCUCCCAGUCACUCUCAAGCAGUCCUGCAAAAUAAACCUCCUGAGGAUUACUCCUACAAGCAGUCCAUUAUUAACUUGUUCAGAAAUAUUCCAUUUAUACUUUUGCUAAUCAGUUAUGGUAUUAUGACUGGGGCAUUUUACUCUGUGUCCACAUUAUUAAACCAGAUGAUAGUAACUCAUUAUGAGGGAGAAGAAGUGAACGCUGGGAGAAUUGGCUUGACACUGGUGGUGGCAGGAAUGGUGGGUUCGAUUAUUUGUGGUUUGUGGCUGGAUUACACUAAAACAUACAAGCAAACUACUUUGAUUGUUUACAUUCUCUCUUUCAUUGGGUUGCUGGUAUUUACCUUCACCCUGGACCUCGGAUACCUUAUAGUAGUGUUCGUGACUGGAGGAGUGCUUGGGUUCUUCAUGACUGGCUAUCUUCCACUUGGGUUUGAAUUUGCUGUGGAAAUUACAUAUCCAGAGUCUGAAGGCACGUCCUCAGGUCUCCUUAAUGCAUCAGCACAGAUAUUUGGAAUUAUCUUUACACUUGUCCAAGGAAAGCUCACAACAGACUACAGUCCUCGUGCAGGAAACAUCUUUCUUUGUGCUUGGAUUUUUGUGGGCAUUAUUUUAACAGCCUUAAUAAAAUCAGACUUGCGAAGACACAAUGUGAAUUCAGGGAUUAUGAACUUGGACGUUAAAGCUGUACCAGUUGACAGUCCUGUAGAACCUGAAAGCACUACAUUAAAGAUUCAGUCAGAUUUAUGAAGCUGAAGGAAGGUGACUCAGAAACGCACAAGUUUGGUUAGAUACAGAAUGAUAUGAGCUAGUGUAAUCACUGGAUUUCUGUGAACAAGUAGUGAAAUGUGUUUGUUGAUAUUGGUGGUAGUUGUGUACCAGAAGCUAUGAAGAUGCUCAGUUCAUUUUGCUCAAGAUGCAAACAAUUCACCUUUGUAUGGAAUAUUUAUUUUAACAUUUUCAAGUCUUGCAGUUUCAUUAGUAAAGAGCUGUGUGAACACUCCACGGUAGGGAGAUGUGCAUUCGGGUGCAUACUUGAAAAAAAUCAGGAAUCUUGAAGUACAGUUGUCAUGAUCAGAAAUAUCUAAUCUUCUUUUCUUGUUCAGUCUUGCUGGUGCACUUGAAAAGUCAAAGACUAGGGAAAUGCACAGCAGGAGGAUGUUCACAUGUUCAUUUUUUACUUUAAAUGUAUCUGUAUUUGAAUAUAAGCCAUUGAUUCCUUCUGGAAAAGUGAUAGCACAAUACUGAAAACAAGAGAUGAUGUGUGUGUUUCAUACUGGCAUCUGACAUUUCUUUUGCCUUGAAACUUCUUUAUAGGUAUCAGAAGGCAGAUAAGAGAAAACACUGUUCUUGCUAUAGCUUAAUUGUAGCAUUUCUGGGGAGAUUUAAAAAGUUUCUUGCUAGAUAAAUUGGAGAAAAAACAUUUCUUAUUAAAUACAGUAAAAAGGAGGACAAAGGCCUUUGAUAUCUCUGUUUUGAAAUAUUUAUAAGCAAUGGAACACUAACACACAAGUUUCCUCCAUGGAAUAUUUUGAGUGCUUUCUCAGUUAAAGAGAGAGGAAUACGUGUUUACAAAGAGCCAGUGCCUUUACUUUGUAAAGAAGCUCCCUGCCUCAUCUUGAGUUUAAUCAGUGCUGCUGAAGAAAUUCCAUUUUGUGUGUUAAACCUCUGAAUAUUUGUGGAGUAUCAGAUAAUGUGUUUGGUCCUUUUUAUGAAUUGUAUCACUUGUCUCAUGUGAAAUUCCUGUGCUUGUGUAACUUAAAUCAUGUCUUUUGCAGCGUGUUAAAAGCUGUAAGGAUGACUGAAAAAAAAAUAGUGAUAUUUUCACUUUUUCUGAUCAAGUAUGUUCUUUUAUACCAUCUGAGCUGCAAAAUGAGCAGACAUUAUUAACAGUAACUUUUUGUUACUUCAUUUAUCUGUAUUUGGAAUGGGGGUUUCUCAGUGUAGUGCUUUUGAAAAUUUUCUCGUUUACCUUGUGCUCUAUCUACACACCCACAGAACUGAUAGCACUACAAUUGCUGGGAAAGUCAGACCUGGGUUAGUGGACUUUUUGGAAACAUUUCCUUUUUAGCUCAGCAAACUGAGCCUGCAAGUUCAGUGCCAUCAAUGAUGCUGUGUCUUUGAGUCCCAUGGAUGCAGUGCCAUCCAGAAGGUGGAAUCCUGCUCAAAGUUUCCCACAGAUUGUUGCCAUUGGGGAUGGGGAAUUACUUAACUCUGUGCUGGUUUCAGCUGGGCUAGUUAAUUUGCUUCACAGUGGCAGGCAUGGGGCUAUGUUUUGGAUUUGUGCUGAACACAGGGUUGAUGAUACAGAGAUUUUUUUAUAGUUGCUGAGCAGGGCUUACGCAGAGCCAAGGCCUUUUCUGCUUUUCAUACAUCAGAAAAGAUGAGGAAGUUGGGAGUGCAUGGAAUGUUGGGAGGAGAUACAGCCAGGACAGGUGACCCCAGCUGACCAAAGGGACAUUCCAGACUAUGUGUUAUCAUGUUCAGUGUAUACAGUGGGGCAGAAGGAGGAAGGGAGAGAUGUUUGGAGUGAUGGUAUUUUCUACCCAAGCAGCCAUUGCACUUGGUGGUGAUGGCUGAGCACCUGCCUGCCCAGGGGAAGCAGUGAAUUAAUUUCAUGUUUUUCUUUGCUUGUGUGUGUGGCUUCUGCUUUCCCUAUUAAGCUGCCUUUAUCUCAAUCAUGAGUUUUUCCAGCUUCUACCCUUCUGAUUCUGUCCUCAAUCCCAUUGGUGGGAAAGGGAGCAAGCAAGCGGCUGCCUGGGGCUUGGUGGGUGGUUGGGGUUUAACAACAACAAACUCCAAGUUUAGUCUCUAAGUACAAUAAAUAUAAUUAAGAGCUUUUCUUUUUCUUAUUUUGCUGUAGACUCAGGAAAAUUCUUUUUUAGAAAAAGGGCCCUGAAAGCUUCUCUUCCUAAGCUUAGCCUCUAGAUGUGAUGGUCUUGAUUUAAACAUUUUGUAUGAUAAAUGCUUUAGACAGGGGAAGACCUAUCAGAAUAAACUAAGCACAUUUUAACACUUGCCUUGCCAAAAAGGAUUCAUGUCUCUUUGCCAGGUCCAGUGCUAAGGAGAAAAUGACCAGGCCUUGCUGCUUCUGGAGAGCUGAACUCUAGAAGAGUCCACUGCUGAAGCAGCUGAAUAUAGGAAAAUUCACUCUUGACUAUUCAAAUAGCAGGCAGGGGUAUAGGAGUGAAAGUAGAGAUGCUUUCACUAUGUCAGUCCUUUCCAUUGAAGCUGCCCCAUCAAGGGAUGUACAGGUUUUCAGCCUGAGUCAGAAAAGUGAAAGUUUCUGCCUUGUGACCUAUGUGGGUGGCUUUGCCCUUUGGAAAAAUGAUAGUAAUGUGUGCCAAAAAAUAUAUAUGUUUUUCAUCAAGAUACAGAUACAGAAAAUAUUUAUGUUUAUGGCCCAUGCAUGGUUGCUUUGACUUUUGGUUUUGCAAAAUCUUAACAAGAUAAUAUUUUUGUAUUUUUGGGGAAUUGUUUUCAAAUGUCCAGUAGAAAGUUUUUGGCUGUAUCCAGGAUGUUCGCUGACCUGUUCAGUAUACACUGUUCAGAAUAAAAGAUUGAGUAUUUUUGUUCCAUACUUAAAA